AUGACUUUAGAGGAGAAAGCAGGGCAGCUCACUAUCUUGGCUGACACGAUCAGACCUUGCAAUCCAGAUAUCAAUCCUGAGGUGAAUCAUCGUCAAGCUGAUGAGAUGGUGGACCAAAUUCGUCGCAGCAGGGUCGGCUCCAUUUUCAAUGGCGUUGGGGUAAAGGAAGGCCGUGAAGCUCAGCGCAUAGCUAUCGAAGAGACACGACUUGGUAUCCCUCUGAUUUUCGGAAGUGAUGUCAUCCAUGGCAUGUGGACCGUGUUUCCUAUUCCGUUGGGCGAAGCAGCCAGCUUUGAACCAAGUAUUGCAGAACAGACUGCUCGGGCCACAGCCCUUGAAACUACAGCAUCUGGAAUUCACUGGACAUUUGCCCCAAUGGUGGACGUUGCUAGAGACCAGCGAUGGGGUCGGGUUGCGGAAGGUUCAGGCGAAGAUGUAUUCUUGGGCAAAGCCUUUGCGGUGGCCCGCGUGAAAGGCUUCCAAGGGUCAGACUUGCGUUCGGAAGAUGCCUUGCUUUCCACACCCAAACACUUCGCAGCAUAUGGUGGAGUUUCUGGUGGCAUGGAGUACAACUUUGUCGAAAUUUCUGAGUCAACCUUGCGAGAUGUUCAUUUGCCAGCGUUUAAGGCCUGUUUGGAUGCGGGUGCACUAACGUUGAUGAGCGCAUUCAAUGACAUUGCUGGUGUACCGGCAUCUGGAAACAAAUGGUUGAUGACAGAUAUUCUGCGUGGGGAAUGGCAUUUCAAGGGUUUUGUGGUGUCGGACUACACAGCAGAUGAAGAGCUUGUCAACCAUGGUUUUGCUGCUGAUGGUAGAGAUGCAGCUCGCUUGGCCUUCACAGCAGGAGUGGACAUGAGCAUGCAAAGUGGUUUGUACGUCGACCAUUUACCUGACCUUGUUGCAUCAGGUCAAGUUUCCUUGGAAGCUGUAGAUGAGGGAGUGCGACGAAUAUUGAGUGUGAAAAAGGCCAUCGGUUUGUUUGAGAACCCAUAUAAGUGUUUGGAUCUCAAGCGGGAAGAAUCCCUGGAGAAGAUCAAGUCGGGGCAUGAUGAACUGGCUCGAGAGAGUGCCAGGCGCUCGAUCGUGUUGCUCAAAAAUGAGAAGCUUCUCCCGCUCAAGAAGUCAGGUCAGAAAAUAUUGCUGGUUGGACCUUUUGCAUCAGAUGUGGACAAUUUGCACGGCUGUUGGACUGUCUAUGGUGAUAAAAAGCGAGCAGUGCCAGUCGAUGUGGGGAUUUGCAUGAAGUCUAAGGAUGUAGAGGUUCUGCAAGGAUGCAAUUUCGAGGCAUCUACAGAUCGUGGAAUAGAUGAGGCGGUGGAAGCGGCUAAACGAGCUGACGUUGUUGUCCUAGCCAUAGGAGAGCCUGAAGAUUUCUCUGGUGAGUCCCAGUCUCGCACUCAAAUUGUUGUGCCGGAAGCCCAGCAAAAGCUUGCGGAAGCACUUGCAGCAGCUGGAACUCCAAUAGUCGUUUUACUCAGAACGGGAAGAGCCUUGGCAAUCAGUGGGGCAGUUCUAAGAGCCGAAGCAAUUCUGGUGACAUGGUUUUUGGGUACCCAGACAGGUCCAGCAAUCGCCGAUGUCCUUUUUGGCGAUUACAAUCCAUCAGGAAAGCUACCAGUGAGUUUUCCGGCUGACUCUGGGCAACAGCCUCUUUUUUAUAAUGCACCAAGAACAGGACGUCCUCAGGGCAAUGGAGACAGAACCUUCAAGGCAACUUGGAGAGAGGUCCACAGCAAAGCCCUGUUCCCUUUUGGCUUUGGCCUGAGCUACACAUCAUUUUCCUUCGCAACGCCACUACUCAGCACUUCAACAAUGGGAUGGGACGAGACGCUGAAGGCAAGCGUGCAGGUCAGCAAUACUGGUGAAAGAGAUGGGGAAGAAGUAGUCCAGCUCUACAUUCAUGACUGUGUGGCAAGCAGAGUACGACCUGUCCGCGAGCUCAAAGGAUUUCGGAAGGUUCUGCUUCGAGCUGGAGAAACCCAAAAGAUCAGUUUCGAGCUGCGCAGGCUCGACUUGUCAUUCCACGGAGCAGACGGAAACUUUCAAGCAGAGCCUGGAGAAUUCCAUCUUUGGAUUUCAUCCUCUUCCGCAGCUGGUGAGCCCGUGAAAUUCCAAUUGAUGCCUGCCUCUGUUGCAUGA